AUGACCCCGAUGGAGCCUAUUGGAGGUGCCAUCGCCAUUGCACAGGCGAUCGUAGGUACCUGCAAAGCCAUCGACAUCUGCGUCACGGCGGUCAGGGACUCGCAUGAGACGCUAGACCGAUGGAAUGUCGCGAUCAAGUCUCUCCAACAUAUCUCGCAGCAGUUCGAGAUUGUCUUACGGGAGAGAAAUGUCAGUCAUCCUACCAGGGAUUCUCUCGAAGGGGUACACUAUGGAGUCAUCAGCACUCAUCUCGAUCGGUUCAACCGUGACCUUAGGAAGCUCGAAAGCAACAUCUCAAGCACUAACCUUGGCAAUCGAGCUUCGACUUCAAGGGUCUCGUUGAGGAGCAAAGUCAAACUUGCUCUCACAAUGGACUGGAAAGAGAACGAGCAUCUCCUCAAAUGGAUAGAGCAUCACGUCACUCUUCUUCAAAUCAACAGAGAUCUCAUAAGAGGUAUAAACGACGAUAACAUGAAUGAUGUUCAGCGGGCGCUAGGGACUGGCCACGCCAGUUGGGAACCCGUUCCUACACCUGAAACCCUUGAUGAACCCAGAGUUGAGUUGGAUGACUGGCGGUCCUCUGCAGAGGGCUUCGCCAAGCAUAUUGCCAUUCAAAAGUUGGACCCUACAGAUGUGGCUACCCUUGCACCAACCGAAGUGGAUUGGGAUCUGAUGCCUGACACAACUGAAAUAAUGCCUUCAAGUACAGUGAGUCCCGUUGAACAAGAACUACGCCUCCGUGCCACGAUACAACAAGUCGACCAUCUGGAAGCCUCCAAAAUUCCUGUUAUCGCAUCGAAUGUUCAACUGGAAGUCAUUAGACUGUCUGACGAGAUCAGUCGAGUCAAAGGGCUUACGCCAACUUUCAAGGAGACGUUCCAGCUCCAGGAGAGAUACGUCAAUCUUCUCCUCAGCUCGAUCGAGAAACACCCUAUCUUCGGAGAUAGAGCAAAGUCGUACGUGCAUGAGAGUAUCAUACCCAAUAUAGACAAGCAUGACCCCGAUCUACGCGGGGUAUGGUGGAGUUUAGGACGGAUGUAUUGCACCUUGGAGGAUUGGGCUCAAGCAGAAGACUGGCUCCGACGUGCGCUGCUGAACGGCUACAGUGAAGUCGACAAAGAUAGACAUCAUACUGAGAUUGAACAGAUUUCCAAGAUGAUCUGCAAGAUCUACAAGAGACAAGGCCGUCCGCAGUUUGCCACUGCUCUUGGGGGAUACCUAGUACACCACGUUGGAUAUGAUCCAACAAAAAUACCCGGCGAUCUUGAAAAGGCUAUCAAGUGGUGCUCGGAUAAGGACUUUGAAGUCCGUACAGAAGGAGAUCAACUGGUAUUUACGCACCUGAAGAACGCCAAAGGCAGAAGCGCUUUACAUGAAGCCGCCUUGGAUACCGAGGUGAACGAGUCCAUCAUCCCACUACUAUUGAAAGACGAUCUCCUCGCACUCAGAAACGCUAGCGGAGAUACGGCUCUUCUUCUAGCAGUCGGAAAGUCAAACACUGCAGUGGCUAGACAGCUCCUCAAGACGCCGUCACUGGUCCAUGUUAGAGAUAGAGAAGGCCGCACACCGCUUCACAGAUGCUGCGACCACAAGACAUUGAGUCUACUUCUCGAAGCUCUAAAUGGGUCGAUGCACCGCUCAAGCCUAACACAUGCUGACCCAGAUAGUCAUGACGCUUCAUCACUGAUUGACAUCAAUUCCCAAGAUGCGUAUGGCAAAACAGCCCUAUUCAUGGCAUGUGCGCAGGGCAACUUAAGAACAAUGAAAAAGCUCCUCGAUGCAGGAGCUCAUGUGAACAUGGUAGACAAUACAGGAGUAUGCCCCAUCUUAGCUUGCUCGUCCUGCACUGGAAUCUCACUUGCGAGGCGAGAAGAGAUGAUUCUACGCUUGCGUGCCAAGGGUGCAGAUCCGGACCAGCAGGACAUUGAUGAGCAUACGGCGAGGAGGGAACUUCGAAGACUCUUCUCGUCGAGCAAGGCGGUGAAUAAGUUCCUAUCACUUGAGCCUGAAGUGGAAUUGGAGAGAUACAAGUACACGCUGAGAUCUGAUCUUAAGUAG